CAUGAGAAAUAUCUGCAAACCCUAAUUAUAUAUUAGGCGUGAAUCAGUUAAAAUAUCUACAUGGGGAUGGAGGCAUAGAGGACCAGCUUCCCGCCGGAGUUGUCAUUAGAUCGUAAAGAAAGAAAGAAUUCAGAAGGGUGUUCUUUCAGACUGAUUUUUUGCAUUAGAAAACCACAAGCAAAUUAACCUACCUCCCUCCCAGUACAAUGUCAGCAGCAUCAGCCUCAGGUGAAAGAGGAAGCCAAGAUCAGGAUCAGGAGAAGAAGCCUGCUACUAAUCAGGGAUCAUCACACAUCAAUAUCAAAGUCAAUGGCGUCCAGGAAAAGAUUGAGGCUCGGUUUAGAAUAAAAAGAAACGUACAAUUGCGGACACUGAUGAAUUUAUAUUGUGAUCACUACUCUCAAGAUUUUAACUCAAUUGCUUUCUUAUAUGAGGGAAAUUUGGUCUCCGCUUAUCAAACGCCUGAUGAGCUAAAGAUGGAAGACGAGGACGAGAUUGAUGCAAUGUCGCACCAAAUGGGAGGUGGAUUUUAAAUGUUUGAUGAUUUUGAUCAUAGAGCUUGAGAAAACCAAUGGUCUAUAUUAUGUAGUGCUUGUUUUAGCUAUGUUUUUUACAUCAUAUAUCAUAAUAGUUCUAGUGUAGAGGGAUGGAUGGUUUAAGAUAUGGACUAUGGAGUACUUAAGUUUCAUGUUUAUUGAAAUCUUCUAGCUUCAAAGUUGUUUUUAUGGUGUCAGAUACAAUAUUACAGUGGGUCCCCUGUCCAACAGAAAUAAAAUUUUAAUAAAGUAUGUAGCAUUUAAAUAUUA